AUGGCGUCUCUGGCUCAACAAUUCACGGGGUUGAGAUGCUCCCCACUCUCUUCCUCCUCCUCUAGGCUAUCGAGGAAACCGUCCAAAACCUUUCCGCAGAACAAAUCCGCCUCCGUUUCUCCAACGAUCGUCGCCGCGGUGGCGAUGUCUAGCGGGCAGACAAGAGAGCGUCUGGAGCUGAAGAAGAUGUUCGAGGACGCUUACGAGCGGUGCAGAACUGCUCCAAUGGAAGGUGUGGCCUUCACUGUCGACGAUUUCGCAGCUGCUAUUGAACAGUACGACUUCAAUUCCGAGAUUGGGACUAGGGUCAAAGGAACGGUGUUCAAGACUGACGCAAAUGGCGCAUUAGUUGACAUUUCUGCAAAGUCUUCUGCUUACUUGUCAGUAGAACAGGCUUGCAUUCACAGAAUCAAGCAUGUGGAAGAAGCUGGUAUAGUUCCUGGUAUGGUUGAAGAGUUUGUCAUCAUAGGUGAAAACGAAAAUGACGAUAGUUUACUACUGAGCUUAAGGAUGAUCCAAUACGAGCUUGCUUGGGAACGGUGCAGGCAGCUUCAAGCUGAGGAUGUCAUUGUUAAGGCUAAGGUUAUUGGUGCUAACAAGGGUGGAUUGGUGGCUCUAGUGGAGGGUCUUCGUGGAUUUGUACCAUUCUCGCAAAUAUCAUCGAAAGCAGCAGCUGAAGAGCUGCUUGAUAAAGAAAUACCUCUAAAGUUUGUGGAGGUUGAUGAGGAACAAACAAAGCUUGUUUUAAGCAACCGUAAAGCGGUAGCAGACAGCCAGGCUCAGCUUGGAAUUGGAUCUGUGGUUCUCGGAGUUGUUCAGAGCUUGAAACCUUAUGGUGCCUUCAUUGAUAUUGGAGGAAUCAAUGGGCUUCUCCACGUCAGUCAGAUCAGCCAUGACCGUGUCUCAGAUAUCGCAACUGUUCUUCAGCCCGGUGACACUCUGAAGGUUAUGAUACUGAGCCACGACCGUGACAGAGGAAGAGUAAGUCUCUCCACCAAGAAGCUGGAGCCAACACCUGGUGAUAUGAUUCGCAACCCAAAGCUUGUUUUCGAGAAGGCUGAGGAGAUGGCUCAGACGUUUAGACAGAGAAUCGCCCAAGCAGAAGCAAUGGCUCGUGCAGACAUGCUUCGCUUCCAACCUGAGAGUGGACUGACGCUGAGCUCUGAAGGGAUACUAGGACCACUCGGGUCUGACUUGCCAGAUGAUGGUGUAGAUCUCACCGUCGACGACAUUCCUCCCGCCGUUGAUCUUUAG